UUGACAUAUUAUAAGGCACCUCAAAAAUGUCUGCUUCCAAGUAAUUAAUGAGAACAUAACAAGCUUUGGAUCGGUACAAUUUUUUUAUGUGAGAUUUAAUUUGAUUUAUAAUUUACAGUGAAUAAAGUAGUGUUGUGAUAAAAUGACUGACCGGAUUAAAAAUAUACCUGAGCAAAAACUCAAAGCUUUUUCUAUCGGAACAAUGGGGAAACGGGCAUUAUCCAAAAGGGAACUCAAAGAACAACGCAAAAAGGAAGAAGAAAGAGCUGCUGCUCAUGUUUUCCAAGAAUUCGUGGAAACAUUUCAAGACACUCCUAUUAAUGGGGGUAAUAAAGUUUGGGUCAAAGCUGGUACUUAUGAUGCAGGAGCAAGAAGGGAGGACACUAAAGAUAAAGGAAAACUAUAUAAACCUCAAUCGAGAGUAUCUACCACUCAUGAAAAUAUGUCUUCUGCUGAAAAAGCUCAAGCUUAUGCAAAAUUGCUAUCAACAGAAAAGAAACCUGAAAGGUUAGGAAAGAAGAAGCCUCCGACUAAGAGUAACUUGGAAGCUUUCAAAGAGGAACUGAGACAAAUGCAAGAGGAAAGAGAGGAACGACAUAAGUAUAAGGGGGUUUUUAAAAAUCCAAUUGAUAAUGAUUUGGAUUUGUUUAUGAGAGGAGGUGACCUAGGAUCAUUUGACAAUGGUGAUCCAACAAAUACAAACAUAUAUUUGGGAAAUUUGAAUCCAAAGAUUACUGAACAGCAACUCAUGGAGAUAUUUGGGAGAUUUGGUCCUUUGGCUAGUAUUAAGAUAAUGUGGCCAAGAUCUGAUGAGGAAAAAGCGAGAGGAAGAAAUUGUGGUUUUGUAGCUUAUAUGAGUAGAAAAGAUGGUGAAAGAGCACUGCGUUAUCUGAAUGGUAAAGAAAUUGAAGGAUAUGAAAUGAAGUUGGGUUGGGGCAAAUCAGUCAUAAUACCACCUUACCCUAUUUACAUACCACCUAGUCUACUUGAAUUAGCAAUGCCUCCACCACCGUCUGGAUUGCCCUUCAAUGCAUUGCCAGUUCCAGAGGAUAAAGAUACUCUUCCAAAGUCAGUUGAAGAAUUGAACAAUAUACUUCAAAGAGCCAUUGUUAAAGUGGUCAUUCCAACUGAUCGUAAUUUGUUGAUGCUGAUUCACAGAACAGUCGAGUUUGUAGUAAGAGAAGGACCUCUAAUUGAGGCAAUGAUAAUGAACAGAGAAAUCAAUAAUCCACAGUUUCGAUUUUUGUUUGAGAAUCAAAGUCCUGCUCACAUAUAUUAUCGGUGGAAACUUUAUUCUAUUUUACAUGGUGAUGCACAAAAGGAAUGGACUACAAAAGAGUUCAGAAUGUUCAAAGGAGGAUCAAUUUGGAAACCACCAAUUAUGCAUUCAUAUACUGCUGGUAUGCCUGAUGAACUGGUACUUGAUGAUGAUGGAAAAGAGAAUUCUAAGGGCUCUUUAUCUAACAGUCAACGUGAUAGGUUAGAGGAUCUCAUACGUGGGCUGACAUUAGAGAAAAUGAAAAUUGGUGAGGUUAUGGUGUUUUGUAUAGAACAUAGUGAUGCAGCUGACGAAGUUGUGGAAUGCAUCACUGAAUCCUUAUCAAAUCCAAACACUCAGAUUUCCAAAAUAAUUGCUAGGUUAUAUUUGGUAUCAGACAUCUUACACAAUUGUGGGGUGAAGGUGAACAAAGCGUCCUUUUACAGAAAAGCGUUUGAAGCUAAGCUUGUCGAAAUAUUCAAUUUUGUAAAGGCUUAUUAUGAUAAACUUGAAGGAAGACUACAAGCUGAGGGAUUUAAGGUGCGAGUAUUGAGGAUUUUGAAAGCAUGGGAGGAUACUAUAUUCCCACAAGAUUUCUUGGGUAAAAUGCACAAUAUAUUCAUGGGCUUGAUAGAGGAAGAAAAAGAAGAAGUUGUUGCUGAUACUGGGAUGAACAUUGAUGGAGCACCAAUAGAACAUGAAAGUGAUGAAGAAAUGCCUCCAAUGGAUGGUGCAGUACUACUUAAAAAUGUAAUGAAGCAAUAUAGAAGCCCUUCACCAGAACCGGAUAUGGAUAUUGAUGGUGUUGAAAUAAAAGAUACUUCACUGGAUGAUAAUUCCCAGAAAACAGAAACAUUACUUCCCGGCUUUAUUGUAUCUAAAUGGGAAACUGUUGACCCAGAACAGAUUGAAGCUCAAGCAAUGACAACAAGUAAAUGGGACUUACUUGAUAAUAGCGGAGAUGGGAGUCAAGAUAGCACUCAGCAUGAUGGACAAGAGAUUGACUAUACAGAUUCAAGAAAUAUGACAGAAGAAAGGCGAACAAAACUGAGAGAAAUUGAGGUUAAAGCUGUGCAAUAUCAGGAUGAGCUUGAAUCAGGACAGAGAAGCUUGAAAAGUGGAUGGACUGUACCUCAACAGGUAGAACACUAUCGACGGAAAUUGCUUAGGAAAUCAGAAAAGGAGAAGAGGGAAAAAGACAAAGAGAAGUCAGACAUUAAGGUGGAAAAGCAUAAAAGGGAUUACGACAAAAGUGAAAGGAGGGCAGUGACAGAGAGUUCAGACGAAGAGUCUUACUACAAAGAACUUACCUCUAGAAAAAGUAAAAAACACGCAAGAAGUUCAUCAAGUGGUUCAGCAAGCAAGCUCAGGUCGAAAAGUCGUUCACCCCAGCGCAAGAAAGCAAAACUGCCACCGUCACCACCUAGUCCUCCUAGGAUAAGAAGGCACUCCCCCUCCUCCACAUCCCGUUCUAAACGUAUUAGGGGUUCUUUGUCCCCAGUCAGUUCUAAUGAUAAGUAUGGGUCUCCUGUUCGUAGACACAGUAAACAUUCCCCAUCACCUGUUCGUUCGUCGAAGUAUAGACGGAGUCCCUCUCCUAUUAGGUUUUCCAGACACCUAAGUCCCUCUCCUCCUUCUACAUCUAGGUCUAGGCAUCGUUCGCCAGAUUCUACGAGGAAGCAUCGUCACAAGCACAAGUACUAAUAAUUUCUACUACUUACAAUUUACUGAAACUCCGUUAUCAUUAAUAUCUCCAAUUUUUCAGUGUACAAAGACAAAAUUUGAAAUUUUUGUAAUUUUUUAGCAGUGUAUCAAUAUUAUUGAACAUUUCAAAUGAUUUGAGUUAUCAAUUUUGUUUUUAUAUGUUAAAGAACCUAUAUUGUUUUUUUUUUAAUUAUAAACAGUUAUUAUUUUAAUUGAACUUGAGUGAUAAUAUUAUACAAUUCUUGCUCUUGUUGAAUAUUUAUAAUUACAUAUAUACAAUUUUUCAAUUAUCUACGAAUUAAGUUUUGAACUUGUAAAUAGUGUAAAAUAUUUUACAUUUACAUUAGUGAUUCACGCAUUGAUUCCAAAUAAUUGUCGGGUUAGGAUAUAAUUUAGUUCAGUGUUGUGUGUCAAUUUUAAUAAAUGAUCUGUUCAGAAUA